AUGUACAAUCAUCCAGAUAUGGAAGAACCGAUGGCUUUCGACUAACUUAUGGGUUAUUGCUACCAUGUUCCCCCAACGAUUUGCAAGUUUAUUUACCCCUUAUAUUAUUCGACAAUGAUUUCGACGGUAAGCACGAGGAUUUUCCUCGCUGUCUCUCCAGGGUCACCUUGUACAUGAUCAUUCCCAGGGCGCGCACCCGAAGACUACCAAUCACACGGAAAAUGAUUACCUUGUCGUAAAGUCAAAACGCUAGCAAGAUCCAUUGAAGAGACGGAGAAAACCGCUUAAUAAGCCUACGCAUGCCUACGCGGGGUUGUGUUGCUUCCUCGGGUUGUCUCUAUCAUUCUCUUUCUUGUUCUUCUUUUCAUAUCAACAAACAUGGCGACUACCACGGUCACAGUGGAACAGGAACGUGCUGCGUGCCUGCUGGACGCCCAAAACAAGGCUGUUCAGCUUUUCGAGGAGAUUGGAAGAGAUUUGAUUCGACCAGGAGUCACCGAGAAAGAGUUGAGCAAUGAAAUCCAUGAACUCGGGACCAAACGACAUGCAGUCCGUACAAAUUGGCACAAACGGGUCGUUCGAAGUGGACCCAACACGUUGAAACCAUACGCUGAAAAUCCGCCGGACCGAGUCAUCCAACCUGAUGAUAUUCUUUUCGUCGAUCUUGGGCCAGUCUUCGAGGCUUGGGAAGCCGACUUUGGACGCACAUUCGUCCUUGGAGAUGAUCCUACCAAGAAGAAACUACGCGACUCGCUCGAGCCAGUAUGGAACGCGGUUAAGGCACAGUAUCAUCAGAACCCGGAUAUGACUGGCGAGGAGCUCUACGAUAUUGCAUGCGAAACCGCAAAGAAAGCUGGAUGGGAAUUUGGCGGUCAAAUUGCUGGGCAUUUGGUUGGAGAUUUCCCUCAUGAGCGUAUUCCCAACGACAAGAUCUCAUUGUACAUCACCAAGGGGAACCAUGAAUCAAUGGGCCUGCCUGGAAAGAACGGACACAAACGACAUUGGAUUCUGGAAAUCCAUCUAGUCGACCGUGAUCUGGAGAUCGGAGCAUUUACCGAACAACUCUUAACUGUUUGACCUGGACAUACGAGGUAAGACAGAUUGAUUGGGGGUGGAAGAAAGUCCUCGAGGGAACAUAAAAGCUUUGUAUAUACUUGAGAUCGCCGAGCGAUUGCCCGAACAUCCAGCUGAAUGAUUUUCCUCAAAGGGGUCAUCUUCGACCUUCGCGGCUCCGUCACGCUGCUCCCAAUUCGCAAAAUGAAGUACCAAAUUGACA